GCACCAGGGCCACCUCCCAGCGCCUGUGCGCUCACCCGCCAGCCAAUCUGCUCGCCUGCAGACGGCGUUUUACCUUGCGCCCCUCUGGCCGGCGGCUGGCGGCUUCAAGCUGCGAGCUUUGGGACCUUGGGACACCCUACUCUGUUACUCUUACCCCUUAUUUUGUCUGGCUAAACAUUUACCAUUUUGGAAUUUAAAGUAUGACAUCAUGGCAAAGUUUCGAAGAAGGACUUGCAUCACUUUGUCACUUUUUAUUCUAUUUAUUUUCUCUCUGAUGAUGGGUUUAAAAAUGCUGAGACCACAUAAAGCUGCUUUUGGAGAUCCUUUUGGACUUGACCUUCUUCCAGAAAUUCGGCAACAAACUCCUCAUUUGGUAAAAACUUUUGAUUCCCAAAAGAGUGACAAAAUCGGCAGUGAAACAAACGUCAAGAAUUUAAAAAGUGUUGAAAUCACUGUGAAACCUUCCAAAGCCUCUGAACCUUACCUGGAAGAACUGCCACCUCGGAAUUAUUAUUUACAUGUAUUUUAUUACAGCUGGUAUGGCAAUCCACAAUUUGAUGGUAAAUAUAUACAUUGGAACCAUCCAGUCCUCUCUCAUUGGGACCUUAGAAUAGCCAAGAAAUAUCCACAAGGGAAACACAACCCCCCAGAUGACAUUGGCUCCAGCUUUUACCCUGAGUUGGGAAGUUACAGCUCUCGGGAUCCUUCUGUCAUUGAAACUCACAUGAAACAAAUGUACUCAGCUUCAAUUGGUGUACUAGCCCUAUCUUGGUACCCACCUGACUCAAAUGAUGAGAAUGGAGAACCUACUGAUAACUUGGUACCAACUAUUUUGGAUAAAGCUCAUAAAUAUAAUCUGAAGGUCACUUUUCACAUUGAACCAUAUAAGAAUCGAGAUGAUAAAAACAUGUACCAAAAUGUCAGAUACAUUAUAGACAAAUAUGGAAAUCAUCCUGCCUUUUACAGGUACAAGACUAAGAACGGCAGUGCUCUUCCACUGUUUUAUGUCUAUGAUUCCUAUAUCACAACAGCUGAAAAAUGGGCCAAUCUGUUAACCAGCUCAGGGUCUCAGAGCAUUCGCAACUCUCCUUAUGAUGCAUUGUUUAUUGCACUUCUAGUAGAAAAAAAACAUAGAUAUGAAAUUCUUCGAGGUGGUUUUGAUGGAAUUUAUACGUAUUUUGCCACAAAUGGCUUUACUUAUGGCUCAUCCUAUGAGAACUGGGCUAAGUUAAAAUUUUUUUGUGAUCAGUUCGACCUAAUGUUCAUCCCAAGUGUGGGCCCAGGAUACAUAGAUACCAGCAUCCGUCCAUGGAACACUCAGAACACUCGCAACCGAGUCAAUGGGAAAUAUUAUGAGGAUGCUCUGAGUGCUGCACUCCAAGCCCACCCCAGUAUAAUUUCCAUCACCUCUUUUAAUGAGUGGCAUGAAGGAACUCAGAUUGAAAAAGCUGUUCCCAAAAGAACCACUAAUACUGUGUACCUGGAUUACCGGCCUCAUAAACCAAGUCUUUAUCUAGAACUAACUCGUAAGUGGUCUGAAAAAUACAGUAAGGAAAGAGCAACUUAUGCAUUAGAUCAUCAGCUACCUGUUUCUUAAUGCAUUGAUUAAAGUUUAAUAAUUAUAGAAAUCACCUAAUUUCUAUACAUUCCUUUUGUUUUGAGUUAUGGAAAGAAAACUGUUAAAGUUAGUAUGUACUAUUAUCGCUAAUAAAAAUAAUUUGUACAUUUUUAAAGGUAGUAAUAUUAUCAUUGCCACCUUUCACGAUGGCGAUGUUGCACUGAGAAAAGUUGUGCAAAUAACAUUCCUUGUGUCAUAAUUUGCUGAAUUUCUGACUGGAAUUGAAAUCCUGCUUUAUAGCUAUUUUUGUUUCACAAUAGGUAAUUGCUUGUGUUAUAUAGAGUAGUUAGCACACAAUUAAAUCCUACUUGUAUUCUGGGCCCAGAGAAAAAGGACUGUGUAUAUAUUUGAUAUGUCUAUUGAAGAACAAAGACCUAAAAGAUAAUGUACAUGGUUCCUUUUUCAUUUUUUUAAUGAUCCAGUCAACUUCAUCAUAUUAGCAUUCAGACUCUGGAUAACUCUCCAAUAACAAUUCUUCAGAAAAAAAUCAUAUGCCUUAAGCCUUACUGUGAAGCAUAUUGUGUUAGGAAGAUCUGCUUUCUACAGCACAGUAUGUAUCGUCAUUUGCAGAUAUUUGGUUUCCUAGAGCUUGCUAGGUGUUUUGCAUGUCUAAUGUUUCUACAUUAUAAUGAUGAAUUUCAGGCUUUAGAAGUAAGGAAAAUCUUUUCAUAAAGUUUAAGGAUUGCUUCUCAGUUAUUUAAAAAAAUAGCUGCUCUACAAUUAUGAAAAUACAGUGCCUCAAAUGUUAUUUUAGGAUACC